AUGGCCCCCGGGGGGAUCCCUGGGGUCGUCAGGAACUGCUGGGCUGGGGCUCUAAUAGUGGCGAUAGCACUGAGAACUCACAGAGCUCAUUGCACAGAUCCUCCAGAGCAUUUCCUGCUGCAGGAGAAGUCUGAGUGUCACUACACCAACGGCAUGCAGCGGGUGAGGUAUCUGAAAAGACUGAUCUGGGGCCAGCAGGAGAUCUGUUACUAUGACAGUGACUUGGGCUUCUCGGUGGCCUGCACGGAACUGGGUCGGCCGAUCGCAGAGUAUUGGAACAGGCUGGAGUGGCUGAGCUACUUGUGGGCUUCAGUAGAGAAGUUCUGCAGUUAUAACCAUAGGAGAUUUAAGAACAUCACUGUGGGUAGGCGAGUUAAGCCCAGAGUGAAAAUUUCCACCCUGAAAGCAGAGUCUUCCCACCGCCCCAGCUUGCUGGUUUGCUCUGCGACAGGGUUUUAUCCUUCCGAGAUAGCGACCAAGUGGUUCAAAAAUGGGCAGGAGGAGACAGCUGGAGUUGUAUCCAGGGAGCUGCUACAUAAUGGAGACUGGACCUUCCAGAUCCAGGUGACGCUGGAAACAAAACCCAGGUGGGGAGAUGUCUACACCUGCCAAGUGGAGCACAUCAGCCUGCAAACGCCCAUCACCAUGCAGUGGGUGGCACAGCCUGACUCUGGCAAAAGCAAGAUGUUCAUUGGAAUUGGGGGCUUCGUACUGGGGUUGAGCUUCAUGGUGCUGGGACUCCUCGUCUACCAGAAGAAUAAGAAAGGGUGCCCGUGCUUGGACACUGCAGAAUCUCAGGCUGCUGGGAGUGACAGGGGCAGCUCUACAAACUUACUGCUCUGUGCCUAA